AUGAAAGCCUUUUCCGCAACACACGUUCUCAGCUUUUCUGCGACUAUAGGACAAUGUCUAGCUGCAGUUACGCAGGGAAUCCCUGAAAACACCUACAAUCGUCUGGUUGAGAUGGCCACCAUCUCUCAAUCUGCUUAUGCAGAUUUGUGUAAGCUUCCAGCAACUAUCGUCACGGUCGAGAAGAUAUACAACGCCCAAACAGAUAUCAAUGGAUGGGUUCUCCGUGAUGAUAGCCGUCAGGAAAUUAUCGUCGUCUUUCGCGGCACUGCCGGUGAUACGAACUUGCGGCUCGAUACCAAUUACACUCUCGCUCCUUUUGACACCUUGCCUGAAUGUGUCGGCUGUGCCGUGCAUGGUGGAUACUAUCUUGGAUGGAUCUCUGUCCAAGAUAAAGUCGAGUCGCUUGUUCAAAAGCAAGCUACUCAGUAUCCGGAGUAUGCACUGACGGUGACGGGUCACAGUCUGGGUGCCUCGAUGGCGGCAAUAACUGCCGGUCAGCUGUCCGCUAAAUACGAUCAGGUCAGACUGUACACCUUUGGCGAACCACGUACCGGAAACAAGGCAUACGCAUCGUAUAUGAAUGAGAAGUUCAAAGUGGCGAGCCCCGAGACCACCCAGUUCUUCCGGGUCACCCAUGCAAACGAUGGGAUCCCAAACCUGCCCCCGGCUGAACAAGGCUAUGUCCAUGCCGGCGUUGAAUACUGGAGUAUUGAGCCCCAAGGCUCUCAUAACACGUUUACCUGCACGGGCAACGAGGUUCAGUGCUGCGAAGCCCAGGGAGGACAGGGGGUGAAUGAUGCUCAUGUAACAUAUUUUGGGAUGGCGAGCGGAGCUUGCACCUGGUAG